GUGAAAAUAGCUGCUUUAUUAAAUAAAACAAUGAAUUUUCCUCAUUGAAAAACAAGUAGUGUACGGCAGACACCACUUUCCCUCAAUCAAUUUUCUCGGCAACCAAACAGCAAUCACUCAUCUCAACAAUCAAACCUCAGCGUGCAUCUUAGUUUUCUACUCAUGCAUUCGAAAUGUCUUCUAAAACCCUAGCUCGAGAAACCCCUCAGCGACCUCACUCUUGUUCUUGUUCUUCUUCACAAAUCUACCAUGAAACUCCCUUUUCUUCUUCUCCGCCCUUUCUCUUCUCACCUCGUCUCACCCAAACUGUCUGUACCGUUGUCUUCUUUAACUGUACAAUCUUCUAUUGUCAAUGAAGUCCUCACCAUCCUUGACACUAUCAAUCCCAUUGAACCCGCCUUGGACCCUCUAGUCCCCUUCCUUUCUUCUAAAAAUAUCAACACUAUACUCAAGAAAACGCGAAACCCUCUAUUGGGUUUUCGUUUCUUUAUCUGGGCAUGCAAAUGGAAGCGUUUCCGCACUUUUGUAUCUCAAAAUUUGAUCAUUGACAUGCUCUUAAAGCCGAAUGGGUUUGAUUUGUAUUGGCAAACACUUGAGGAGUUGAAGGCUAGCGGUGUAUCUAUUGUGUCCAAUGCGUUUUUUGUUCUUAUUUCAGGCUAUGCUGAAUUGGGUGACUGUGAGAAAGCGUUGGAGAUUUUUGGUAAGAUGAAAGAAUUUGAUUGUGAGCCCGAUGUUUACACUUACAAUAAGAUUUUACACAUUGUGUCGCGUCAGCAAGUUCUUUUGUUAGCUUUGGCUGUUUAUAAUCAGAUGUUGAAAUUGAAUUGUACGCCUACUAGAACAACGUUUAGCAUUUUAAUUAGUGGUUUGUGUAAGAGUGGCAACACUCACGAUGCGCUUAAGCUGUUUGAUGAAAUGAUGCAAAGAGGCACACAGCCUAAUAGGUUCAUUUAUACUAUUAUUGUUUCGAGUUUGUGUCUAGCCGAGAGGGCGGAUGAUGCCUAUAGAUUGUUCAAGAAGAUGAAAGAGAGCGGUUGUAGGCCUGAUUCUGUUGCUUAUGAUGCUUUGCUUAAUGGGUUUUGUAAGUUAGGUAGAGUUGAUGAGGCUUUUGCGCUUUUAAAGUCAUUUGAGAAGGAUGAUUAUGUUCUUGGAUUGCACGGGUAUACUAGUUUGAUUGACGGGUUGUUUAGAGCUAAGAGAUAUGAUGAAGCCUAUGGAUGGUAUAAGAAGAUGUUGGAGGAGAAUAUUGAGCCUGACGUUGUUUUUUAUGCUGUGAUGAUACGAGGGUUAUCAGAGGUUGGUAGGGUUAAGCAUGCUAUGCAGUUAAUGAGUGAGAUGAGUUUAAGAGGUGUGGUUCCUGAUACUUAUUGUUACAAUGCCUUGAUUAAAGGUUUUUGUGAUAUGGGGCUCUUGGAUCAGGCUCGGUCCCUUCAACUGGAGAUCUUGAAGCGUGAUACCUCUCCUACUACCUGCACUUAUACCAUUCUUAUUUGCGGUAUGUGUAAGAAUGGGCUUGUAGAUGAUGCACAGAAAAUAUUCAGUGAGAUGGAAAAGGCUGGUUGUUUACCUUCCGUUGUUACAUUCAAUGCACUUAUUGAUGGACUUUGUAAGGCUGGUGAGCUUGAGAAAGCUAACCUUUUGUUUUGUAAGAUGGAGAUAGGAAGAAACCCUUCAUUAUUUCUUCGGCUUUCUCAGGGUGGCAGUCAGGUUCUUGACAGUGCUAGCUUAAAAAAUAUGGUAGAGCAAUACUGUGAGUCAGGAUUGAUUCUUAAAGCCUACAAGAUUCUCACAAAGCUUGCUGAAAGUGGUAGUGUGCCUGAUAUCAGGACGUAUAACAUUUUGAUUGAUGGUUUCUGUAAGGCCAAGAACAUUAGUGGUGCCUUUAUGCUCUUCAAGGAGCUGCAACUCAAGGGGCUCUCGCCUGACAGUGUAACAUAUGGAACUCUUAUCACUGGUCUUCAAAGAGUUGGCAGAGUAGACACUGCCUUUAGAAUCUUUGAUAACAUGAUAGAGAUGGGUUGCACCCCUAGCUUAGCAGUUUUUAGGUCACUUAUGAGUUGGUCUAGUCGGAGGAGUAAGGUUUCAUUAGCUUUUAGUCUUUGGUUCAAAUAUUUGAAGGAAAUUGCUGGUUGGGACCAUGAUACACUUGGAGCAAUAGAGGAACAUUUCCAGAAGGGAGAAGUGGAAGAAGCUGUCCGAGGCUUACUGGAAAUUGACUUUAAACUUAAUGAUUUUAGUUUAGCACCUUAUACCAUUUUUCUUAUUGGAAUGUGUAACGCUGGAGAACUAGAAAACGCUUUAAAGAUUUUUGUAAUUCUAGAGGAGUGCAAGGUUAUUGUCACGCCUCCAAGCUGUGUGAAACUAAUACAUGGUCUCUGCAAACAAGGAAACCUUGAUCAAGCAGUAAACAUUUUCCUUUACACGCUGACGAAUGGUUACAUCUUGAUGCCCCGAAUUUGCAAUUAUCUGCUCAAGUCUCUUCUUCAUUCUAGAGAGAAAAAAUAUCAAGCCUAUGAAAUUCUUAGCAGAAUGAAGUCUCUUGGUUAUGAUUUGGAUGCUUGCCUUCACUUCUCUACAAAGUCCCUUUUACGUCAUCAUUGGAAUACAUGGGAAAUGGAAAAGGCAUCUCCUGGUUGAAUUUUGAAUGCAUAGAAAACAGAAAGCAUGUACAAUAUUUUGGGCACUGCAGAGGAAAUAAGUGGAGUGAUUGGUGCCUGUUAAAUUUUUCUGGGCUCCCAUUUCAACCAUGUAAUCUUCAUAUAUUUUAUUGCCCAAGAGUAAUCACUCUUGGACCUUACUGUGAGAAAUAACAGAACUGAGUCAUUAGGAGAGAAGAGGAAUUGGAUUGGAAUUAGUUUGACUAGCCACAGUUAAUGUAUUUUUGGGGAAAUAAACAUAAAGAUGAGGUUUCUUGAUGCGGCAAUGAGAAAUCAAAUAUGGAAUUCUGAAAUUUGAGACAAGAGAAUGAAAUGUCAGAGGAAAGAUUUUCCCUAUAUUAUUUACAUUCAUGAGCAAUUAAAGGUGUACAAAUUACAAUAUGCAAAAAAUUGGUGUACAAAUUCAAGGGAACAAACUCCUAAUUUAAGGAUCACAUAUCCUUAGUUUCCAAAAUGUAACAUGGAAUCAUUCCUUAAUAUGGAUUUGAUUCGGAGAUUUGAUGUGGGAUCUCCAACAAAUUCAAUCUAGGAGAGAUGGAACAUUACCUUGCCAAUGGUUGUGCUCAUAGAAGUGUCGUUCCAUAAGUGUUUAAAAACCCUGUAUUUUCUUUAAAAUUCAUUACCUAGUUGCAUUUGUUGGUGGGGAUUUCCGAAUUUCUCUGGUCUUCCAAGUUUCUAGUUUAGAAUUCUACUUUGGGAUCUGGUAAACUGGCUAGCUGGUUGGCAAGUAGCUUUUUUCUUCCCAUAAAAGUUGGCUAUGCACCAUUUUAUAUAGAGAUUUGUUAAUCUUUGCAUUCUUUUAGCAACUCCUGAUGAAGUGACCCAAUUAUCUAA